GCAGCGCUCGGGGCGGCGCCACCGCGCACGGGUGCGCCGUCGCCAUGGUAACCGCGGAAGCCGGGGGCCUGGGGAGCGCCUCAGGUAUUUUUGGUGUUAAUGGAGCCAGAAGGACCUUCUGAAUCAGAGAGUUCAGAAAAGUCAAUAUUUUUCUCACAGCAAGAAGAAGAAGAAGAGGAAGAAGAAGAAGAAGAAGAAGGGAAAGAACCAGAGGAAACAGGCACUGUUAAUCCUCUCUUACAACCUGCUCUCACAGGGGAUGUAGAAGGUUUGCAGAAGAUUUUUGAGGAUCCUGAGAACCCUCAUCAUGAACAGGCCAUGCAGCUACUCUUGGAAGAAGACAUCGUUGGGAGAAAUUUGUUGUAUGCGGCUUGCAUGGCUGGGCAAAGUGAUGUGAUUAGAGCUUUGGCAAAGUAUGGUGUGAAUCUGAAUGAAAAAACCACCAGAGGUUACACACUCUUACACUGUGCUGCAGCCUGGGGUCGUUUGGAAACUUUGAAAGCACUAGUGGAGUUGGAUGUUGAUAUAGAAGCUCUGAACUUCCGAGAAGAAAGAGCUCGAGAUGUUGCUGCUCGGUAUUCCCAGACUGAGUGUGUUGAAUUCCUGGACUGGGCAGAUGCAAGACUGGCUCUGAAAAAAUAUAUUGCAAAGGUCUCCACAGCUGUUACAGAUACAGAAAAGGGACCAGGAAAACUCUUUAAGGAAGACAAGAAUACCAUCCUCACUGCAUGCCGUAUAAAAAAUGAGUGGCUGGAAACCCAUUUGGAAGCUUCCAUUAACGAGCUUUCUGAGCAGAAACAACAAUUGGAAGAUAUUGUGACUCCUAUCUUCACAAAAAUGGCAACACCAUGUCAAGUGAAAAGUGCCAAAUCUGUAGCCUAAGCCAUGGUCCGAAAAGAAGUCAAGAUCAUACCUCCUACUGAACGUAUAUUUUAUAAAAGACCACACUUCCAUCUAGUAUUUAUAAAAGCAAACUUACUCAAUAUGCCAAUUGAAGUUACGAAAAUAGAUGUGGGAUUUUAUAAAAAGGUUUAAAUAUGAAAUUAAAUCACCUUGCUUUUGUUUUACCUGAUUCAGCAUGGCUUAAGUCCAGGCACUGUGGCCAUGCCUCUGCUCCAAGUGAAGUUCCAUAUGAGUUCCACAUGCUCUUUCCAGAGAGCUCUGGGGUACCAAUCACUCACCACAGCUCUUUGGAAGCUCUAACGUCUGUAUAAGGAAUCCAACAAUUUUCUGUGUCACUGAGGCAUUCUAUUAAAUGGAGGAAUUCUAUUAAAAAAAAAAGACAUAUUAGCUAUUUCCAGAGGAAAAAUAUGUUCUCCCUCUUUCAAAGGAAAGCUGUAGGAUGCCAUUCUGGAGCAAGGAAAUGUUAAGAGGGGUUUAGAUUCACACUCCUCUUCUUGCGUAACAAUUACUUUCUAUGUCUAAAUUAAAAUGUACCUGUGAGGUGAGAUUUAGUCUUUUAGUGAAAAAUUUCUCAUUUGUCUUUAAUCUCUGCCUCCUCUUCUCUCUCUCUCUCUUCCUCCCUCCCUGCUCCCCCCCAACACUUAGAUUUCCCCUAUUCUAUAGGUUUGGUAAAAUAGAUAUCUUAGUAGGGCUCCAUGCUAUCUUUCUGUCUGUUCUGUUUUAUACUUCUUAGGUUUUAAAUAUUAUUGCUGACUUCCUAUUAGCGAUUUGGAAUGUCUUUUUUUUCCUAGUUUGUCUAUAAGCCUUCCAUUACUGAACCUUCCAUUACUCUGAUUUUGUAAAAAAAAAAAAUUUAUAGAAAGAACAUGUUUUUAAAAACCCCCACAUUUAUUUGUUGUUCGUAUGACUUUCUCUUUUGUCCUACCCUGAAAGCUAGUUUUUUUCACUAUAGAGAAGAAGGAAAAGAAAUAAGCAAUUCAGUAAUUCCUUGUCAGUUGACACUUUCUCAAUCAUGGUUUUGAGAUUACAUUGUUUUAAAUUUGUAUCACAAAUUUUUAAGUUUUGAGAUCAUUUUUAUGUAUGAGCAAAUAGUUUCAGUUGCCUUAAGCAAAAGAAUAGAGGAGUAGUUGUCACUGCCCUCUGGUAGACCCAGUGGUAUUUACAGAGGAGCCCUACAGAGAAGGUCUGUCCGUGAUUGCUCUGUUUUCUUCCUGCUGCGUGCUGCCAGAAGUCCAUUAUCUUUAAGCACUCUAGUAACUUGGGACAAGGCUAGUUGCCAUUUUUACUGUUUCUGCUCUAACUUUACAUUUCCUGAGCCUUGAUCUUGAAUAUGACGUGACGUCCCAGGUGUGUGGUCCUGGUAAUUAGGAGAGGAUUCCUGAAUCUCACUUAAAAGAUUCCUAGAGAAGACUUAGACACUUGUGGACAUGCCUAGUACAAAAUAAAUCCCUCUCUCCUUUGUUUAUCUGUCAGUCCUUAUCUUCAAACUUCUUGAAGCUUUUGAUGUUUAUAAUAAUAUUGUUCUCUGGAAACUCCUUAAUUGGCACCUUUAUGUCAUUAUGGUUACUUUAUUUUCUUAACAAUCUCCUUUUCUAACUCCUUCACUAGCUUUUGCAGUCUGAAUGUGCUAGUAUCCCCCCAAAAUUCAUAUGUUAAAACCUAAUGUGAUAAUGUUAGGAGGUGGAGCCUUUGGGAGGUGAUUAAAAAAAUGUUCAUGAGGGUAAGGCCCUCAUGAAUGGGACUAGGCUCUCCUUAUGAAAGAGACCUCCAGACAGUUACUUGCCCCUUGCACCAUGUGAGGUUAUAGAGAAAAGACAGCCAUCUAGGAGGUGGGCUCUCACCAGACACUGAAUUUUCUGGCACCAUGUUCUUGGACUUCCCAGCCUCCAGAACUGUAAGAAAUAAAUGUUGUUUAUAAAGUGCCCAGCUGAUGGUCUUUUGUUAUAGCGGCCCAAACUAAGACACCACCUCCUAUUCUUCAUCUUGCCUCCAGCAAUGGAAACUACUCAAAAGUCAGUCCUAUCUUACAAUUUUAUAUAUCAGUUAUACCUCAAUAAAGCUGAAAGAAAAGCACCAAUUCUGACCCUUGGCAAAGCAGUCUGUAAUUCUCCAUCCCAUGGUCUUUUCUAUCCCCAGCGUUAGGAAGCCCUGAUCCCUCCCUUUUUAGGGCAACCAUAGUGCUAAUAGCCACAUAGACAUUCUAUUUAAUUGUUCACAUGUUUGUCUCCCUAUGUGAAUUGUGAACUUUUUGAAGGUAAGGGAUUUGUAAUGUUUUUCUUCAUACCUCAAGAGCCUAUAUGAUAGUAAGUAAAUAACAGUUGAAUAAAUUCUCUUUUGGCACUACUUUAUUCAAGGAGCUCAUUGGUCUUCAUUCAUCUAUAGAACUUAUUCACCUUUCUAAAAACGACUCCUGAACCCUUCUCUCCAUAUCUUGCUCAUGCCAGUGCUCCAUUUUAGCUCCCACUCCUCCAGUAGACCAACUGCAUGUACACGCAGCAUUACAACUAUAUAUCCAGUUUCCCCUGUAACCUUCUGUUUGCUGAUCUUCACCUUAAAUGCCACACUACUUUUUAGGCAUGUGAACCUGGUGCUUACCAAGGGAUUCCGGGAUCUCACUUCAAAGAUUCCAUUGAUGUGAGGAUAUAGUACUUCUUAUAAUCUGUUGUUGCAUUGAUCUGUUGCUCUUAUACAUAGGAGGGUUAAAAUGCCCGUAUGCUUUGAGUUUGAGCUAUUACAUAGGUACCUGUAGGGUGUGUUCUGAACACUCACAAAGUAAUUAUUAUUUCAGUUUUCAUACUAGUAAAUUAAAUCAUUUUAUUUGGGAAGUGGUCAAGCAAAGGCUAAAUUCAGUGCUGUGGUGAACUCUACACAGUGGUUCCUGAGACUUGUGUAUUUUGAUUGGAAAAAUGUGAAAAAAUGGAGGAGAUUGAUAUGACAUUAUUAAGAAAACAGCUACUAUCUGCUCUUACUAUCAUUUAAUAAAAGACAUUUUGAUAUCAGAAAAGAAGGGAAGGAAUGAUUUCAUUGUAAGGCUCUGCCCUUUAAAUUGACUAAAUUAAAAAAAAUAAAUUGACUAAAUUAAGCUUUAUUAUGGACUUUUAUAUUUCUCUCAUUUUGCCAUGUAUGAUGGAACUUUUGUCAUGAAUCACCACUGGUUUAUGGUCCAGCCUUUGAGAACAACUAUCUAGACUGAGAUGAGGCAGCAGAAUGCUAUUUAGGUUAACAUGAUGCUCUAAGUUGUAAAGUGCUAACAAUACACUCUGAUCUAAUAUGUGAAACAUUGUAUUCUCCAAGUUGGCCACAUUUCCUGUCCUACUGCUCUUACAAUGUGAUCAUGACCUUCCUCAUAGAGAAAGGUAGAUCUCUGUUCUCUCUUGAAUCUAGGCAGCCCUGUGAUUAUAGUUGAAGUAAUACUAUGUGAUUUCCAUAGAUCAUAAAAAGUGAUGCAGUCUCCAGUUAGUUCUUUUGAGAUGCUCAGUCUUGGAAACCAGUUUGUGUGGAGAGUCCCAUAUGGACAGAAACUGAGGCCCCCAACCUGAAGCCCUGUUUGAGCUCCAGCUCCAGCUAGCUCCAGCUAGCAGUCACCACCGACCUGCCAGCCAUAUGAGUGAACCAUCUUGGAAGUGGAUCCUCCAAUCAAACCACUGCAGCCAGUGCUCUAUGGAGCAAAGACAAGCCUUUUGUGUUGAGUCCUGUCAAAAUUGUAGAUUUCAGCUAAAUAAAUAAUUGUUGUUUUAACC